AGUGGCGCGGACGCCCGCUGCCCCCCUCUGCCACCUGGGGCGGCGCGGGUCGCGGUGCCCGAAGCCCGGGUCGCGCGUAGAGCCGGCGCGAUGCACGUGCGCUCGCUGCGCGCCGCGGCGCCGCACAGCUUCGUGGCGCUCUGGGCGCCCCUCUUCCUGCUGCGCUCCGCCCUGGCCGACUUCAGCCUGGACAACGAGGUGCACUCGAGCUUCAUCCACCGGCGCCUCCGCAGCCAGGAGCGGCGCGAGAUGCAGCGGGAGAUCCUUUCCAUCCUGGGCUUGCCGCAUCGCCCGCGCCCGCACCUCCAGGGCAAGCACAACUCGGCGCCCAUGUUCAUGCUGGACCUGUACAAUGCCAUGGCGGUGGAGGAGGGCGGCGGGCCCGACGGCCAGGGCUUCUCCUACCCCUACAAGGCCGUCUUCAGUACUCAGGGCCCCCCUCUGGCCAGUCUGCAAGACAGCCACUUCCUCACCGACGCCGACAUGGUCAUGAGCUUCGUCAACCUGGUGGAGCACGACAAGGAGUUCUUCCACCCGCGCUACCACCAUCGGGAGUUCCGGUUUGAUCUUUCCAAGAUCCCAGAGGGGGAGGCCGUGACUGCAGCCGAAUUCCGGAUCUACAAGGACUACAUCCGGGAACGCUUUGAUAACGAGACGUUCCGCAUCAGCGUUUACCAGGUGCUCCAGGAACACCUGGGCAGGGAGUCGGACCUCUUCCUGCUUGACAGUCGCACGCUCUGGGCCUCGGAGGAGGGCUGGCUGGUCUUUGACAUCACCGCUACCAGCAACCACUGGGUAGUCAACCCGCGGCACAACCUGGGCCUGCAGCUCUCGGUGGAGACACUGGACGGGCAGAGCGUCAACCCCAAGUUGGCUGGUCUGAUCGGGCGACACGGGCCCCAGAACAAGCAGCCCUUCAUGGUGGCCUUCUUCAAGGCCACGGAGGUCCACUUCCGCAGCAUCCGGUCCACGGGGGGCAAGCAGCGCAGCCAGAACCGCUCCAAGACGCCCAAGAACCAGGAAGCCCUGAGGAUGGCCAACAUCGCAGAGAACAGCAGCAGUGACCAGCGGCAGGCCUGUAAGAAGCACGAGCUCUACGUCAGCUUCCGCGACCUGGGCUGGCAGGACUGGAUCAUCGCGCCUGAGGGCUAUGCGGCCUACUACUGCGAGGGCGAGUGCGCCUUCCCCCUGAACUCCUACAUGAACGCCACCAACCACGCCAUCGUGCAGACCCUGGUCCACUUCAUCAACCCGGAAACAGUGCCCAAGCCCUGCUGCGCGCCCACCCAGCUCAACGCCAUCUCCGUCCUCUACUUUGACGACAGCUCCAACGUCAUCCUGAAGAAAUACAGAAACAUGGUGGUCCGGGCCUGUGGCUGCCACUAGCCCCUCCUGGAAGCCAGACCCUCUGGGGCUACGUUUGCUGGAUCCUCCGCCGCCUCCGCCCUCGGCCAGGACCCAGCAGAGCUCCACCUUCAUGGCCCUUCCUCUCUCCCCUUCCCAACUUGCAAGGUGUAAGAGAAUUAAGGAGUCUGAGCGGCAGACAGCUCGCUCACCCUCCGCUGGCAGCAUCCCCCGGACAAGGGCCUACGAGCUGCUGUACAGAGAACCUCGCAGGGAAACUGCACGUACAAAAGCAAUCCCGGCCACGGCCACGGCCGCCACGCCCAGCCCUGCACUGACUCCUUUCCCGAGGUAAUUACGAGUGCCCUGCAGCCGGGCCACCAGCUGCGGGAGGAAGCGGGCGUGGCCAGGGUGGGCACGUUUGUGUCUGUGCUAAAGGAGAUCCACACACACUGAAGCUCCUGUAAUAAAUGUCACAAUAAAAUGAAUGAAUGAAAAUGGUUAGGAUGUUACAGAUAUAUUUUCCUGAACAGUUUACCCGCAUUUCUUGGGUUUCUCUGAUCUUAGAACAGAAGCUGGGGUCGGCGGACGGCAGGGCAGCUGCCUCCCCACCUCAUUCAGGCUUCCUGCUAGGCUGCAGAGGCCCAGUGUUUACCUAGACUUGCCCAGAGUGGAGAUUGGAGGGGACGGGAGAAAGCAAACUUCUGUUUGGAGGAAGUGGAGGGGGCUGUUAACCUUGAAGGAAGACUGUCCCAGGUUCAGCUGGCGUGCAGUGGCAGGAUUUAAAAUAAGCCGCGUGACACGGCAGACACUGAGUUGGCUUUCCAGCUUUCCCCUACGGCAGGAAGUCAGUGUGAAACUGCCCAGGGGACAAGGACAGCUGGUAGGACAGAGCCUGCACCCAGCCUGGUGUUAGGAAGCACCAGUGGGCAAGGGGUGAGCCGGGCACCGUCCUCCAAGAGGGACUCUGCCUUCCUCUGCAGCAGCACCUGCGACCGGGCCUGGCAAGGUCAGCCACGGCUUUUGCAUUGCAGAUCUGUUUCGAGGGCUCUGCAAACAUGCUGGCUUCUUCGUGGAGUAAGAGAAAGCUGACGUAGUAAGGUCUCAUGGGUGCAAGGCAGGCUGGGCGCAAAUCCCAAACAGAAGGCACUAGAAGCCGUUCGGACGGUGACAUCCUAACCAACUGUCCUAACUUGGUGGUGGCCUUCUCAUGAGGCUCUUGGUUUAAGAGUCUCGGCCAGUGAGUCCUGUGACUGUGGUGCACACAGCCUUUGGUGGCAGACGCAAGGCCUCAGGGAGGCAAGGCUGGGCUGCCUGUGAGCGUUUCCUGCAUCUACACAAAGAACAGGGUUAUCCAGACGAGACUCAUGGCCGUCUGCUCCAGUGGGGAGUUGUAUCUCCACGUGACUUCAGUGGGUCAGUGGAAACACUGGGCUCCGUUUUCAUUUUCUUUUUCUUCUUUAGUAGCUUGGGCUGCAGCCCUCACUGGCCCGGUCAUUGGGGGAAGACUACUUUUUGUUACGUUUUGUUCUUUUUGUUGGCAGAUCUGGGCCCAUUGUGUGACUUCUUCCUGGUGCAAGUUUUCUUACCACUAAGGGUCCAGCAAGCCUCUGGGUAGCAUCACUUGUACAUUGAAACAUGUAAAUAGUUGUUACAAAACAAAGAAAUUAUUUAUUUCCACCUGAUGCUUUAAAAAAAACCCUUUAAUCCCUUGUUCAAGACCACAAGCUUGCUGUCCUUCAACCGUGUGUUAUUUAAGACUAUUUAUUAACAGUUGGAUCGAUGUGCCCGGCUGUUGCUAGAGCAGUCCUUAGUGAACAUUAUGUAUGAAUAGAUGCAAUGAGAAGGGUUUGGACUUUGCAAUAAAAGGAGACCUUUGGUUCUGGUCCUCGGGCCUGCGUACGUCUGUGUGUUGUCUUUCUCUCCCAACCCCGGACAUCCACGUUCCCCGGCUGU